GUUCGAUGGUGGGAGUUGCUAGUCGCUUCUAGCAUCACCACCUACUUUGUAGUUGACCUUUCAUCCAUGAGACAACGUGGUUUCUUCAGCGCUUGGUGCUAGUAAGGUUUCAGCGACUUGCACUGUUCAAAACCCUCCUGACCCAUUUAGAUCAGCAGAACUGCAGCCCGGUUCACUCCAGGAGCAGCCAGAGCUGGUUGUUCUAGAGGAUGCGGUGCUGUUGGCGCAGGUUGGCAUGGCUCUCAUCGCGAAGGGCGAGGAUGCUCCACAGAUGGCCUAUGUGACCUGGGGUACUCAGGACGAUGUCACCGGUCCGGGGAGCUAUUUGCACGCCGGCCUUUGGGGGCUGGCGCGAACCAUCCGCAUGGAGGAGCGCACCAUGAAGCUUCGGUGUUUUGACUUGGAUUCCACACAUCUCCAACCAGAGGCUGCAGCCAAGGCGUUGGUCGAUGCCCUGGGCACCUUGCUGGGCAUGGGCGCGGGCGCAUCGGAGAGCGAGCUGUCCCUCCGAGGGGAGCAAUUCAAGGUAUCUCGCCUCUCACGAAGCCCAGUGCAAGUGCGAAAGCCCAUGCGAUUGCAAAUGUCCUCACGCGGCAGCUUGUCCAACUUGCGACCGGUGCCACAAGUGGUGCGCCCUCAACCUGGACCUGGGCAGGUGGAACUACGAAUCCGUGCCAUCGGCUUGAACUUCAGAGACGUGUUGAACGUCAUGGGCAUGUAUCCUGGAGAUCCCGGCAAUCCUGGCGGCGACUGCGCUGGAACGGUGUGCUCCAUCGCACAGGGCGAGAAGGAAGUAGCGCAGCUUCGCCCUGGACACGACGUCUUUGGUAUUGCCUGGGGCUGCCUGCAGACCUAUGCCUGCACGGAAGCGUUGCUGUUGGCGCCCAAGCCCAAAGCCUGGUCUUUUGAGCAGAUGGCCGCCUGGUCGGUGACCUUUGCCACCACGGAGGAAGCCUUCCAAGAGCUGGCGCCCUUGAAGAAGGGCGAGCGUGUACUGAUCCACGCAGCCACGGGUGGCGUGGGCCUGGUGGCGGUUCAGUUUGCCCAACGGGUAGGUGCCACCAUCUUCGCCACCGCGGGCAGCCCAGGGAAGGUGAAACAUCUUCAAGACUUGGGAGUGAAGUAUAUCACCAGCAGCCGUGAUGCCAAGGCCUUUGAAGAAGAUAUGAAGCGUUUCAUGAAAGAAGAUGGAGCAGAUGCGGCUGGUGGCUUAGAUGUGGUCUUGAACAGUUUGAGCCAUGAUGACUACAUCCCCAAGUCCUUGGGCUUCUUGCGCAAGGGCGGCCGCUUCAUGGAGAUAGGUAAGCGCUUGAUUUGGAGCCAUGAGCAGAUGCAACAGGAACGUCCUGACGUGCAAUAUGAGAAGAUUGCUAUGGACUGGGUCAUGGAACAUCAACCUGAACGUUACAAUGUCUUGAUGCGCAGGCUUGUGAGCCAGAUUGAGAAAGGCUGGUGGAAAGAAGUGCCUUUGACCUGCUAUGAAGGCCUCAACUCCGGCAUCGAUGCCAUGCGAUACCUCCAGCGUGCACAGCAGAUCGGCAAGGUGGUGCUGACUCAGCCCUCUCGCAUGCAGCUAAAGGAGGAUGGCCGCUACGUGCUCAGUGGUGGCGUUGGCGCACUCGGCCUGGUGACCACGCAGAUGUUGGCGGAAGAGGGCGCCAAGUCGGUGGUCUUGCUCAGCCGCCGCGGCGUGGUGGGUGAUGACCUCAAGAGCAUGUGGGAGAAGUUGCAGGACUUCGACCUGGAACUGCAAGUGAAGCCUUGUGAUGUGGCCAGCUUCAGCCACGUGCAGGAGAUGGUGAUGAGCCUGGACAACAGCUACCGCAUGCGCGGACUGAUCCAUUUGGCCGCUGUUUUGGACGAUGCUACCUUGCCAAAGCUCACACGCAGGCACUUGGAGAAAGCCUACGGUGCGAAGGUCUUUGGAGCCCGACAUCUGCGGCUUUGCCUCUCCAAGGCACAGCCUUUGGACUUCUCCAUGCUCUUCUCCUCGACCUCUGCUCUCCUGGGUUCACCUGGGCAGGGCAACUAUUCGGCAGCCAACAUGGCACUGGAUGCCCACGCGCGUUACUGGAAGGCCUUGGGCGAGACGGUGGUUGCCGUGCAGUGGGGCCCUUGGCGGGAAGUGGGCAUGGCCGCAAACAAGGGAACGGUCCAGCGCCUGAAGUCCCAGGGCUUGGGAUCCAUCGGCAACACGGUGGGUAUGGCUGCUCUUGCAGGCGCCUUGGGCUCCGCAUCACCCGUGGUGGCCGCAUGUCCAGUUCAUUGGGGCCAAUACCUGAAGCAGUUUGGCAAGGCAGUGCCUCCAUUCUACUCUCGCUUCCGCCGCGAGGCCGCAUCGGCCAGCCCUGCUGGCCCUACGGGUGGUCGGGCGCUGGCGCUGGGCGCGCGGGCAGCGCCAGCCGUGAGUGCGGACCAGGUGCAAUCCAUGGUCCUGGCAGUGGCUGGAGAAGUCACAGGUAGUGUGGUGGCUGCGCAGGAACCAUUGAUGGAAGCUGGCAUGGACUCGCUCUCCGCUGUCGAGUUCCGCAACCGUCUCUCCAAUGAGUUGCCAGGCAUCAAGUUGCCGAACACCUUGAUCUUCGACUAUCCUACUGUCUCCGCGAUCAGCAUGUUCGCCGCCUCACAACUCUCAGCCAGUCCAGCACAGGCACAGCCACAGGCUGCCGGCAUUAGCGCGCAGGAGGUGGAAGCCGUGGUUUUGGCGAUUGCCGGAGAGGUGACCGGGCACGCCGUUGAUGCGCAGGAGCCUUUGAUGGACUCGGGCAUGGAUUCACUGGCAGCGGUCGAGUUCCGGAAUCGGCUCUCCAAUGAGCUCCAAGGCGUGAAGCUGCCGAACACCUUGAUCUUCGACUAUCCGACGGUCAGUGCCAUCAGCAACUUCGCAGCCUCCCAGGUUGGAGCCACCAGUGGCUCAGCCGCGGCCUUUGCGGCGGUGCAAGGUGGCUUUGCAGGCCCCAGUGCUGGGCAAGCCGCCAGCAUCUCGGGCAUGGCAGCGACCCUGCCGGGGCGACGUGAUGAGGGCUUUUGGGAAGAUUUGCUGGAGAAGAAGGACUCGGUGGUGGAGAUCCCCUUCACUCGUUGGGAUUUGGAGAUGUACUACAGUCCGGAUCCGGAUGCCCCUGGAAAGACCUAUGCCAAGCACGGCGGUUUCAUCGAGGGCGCCGAGCUCUUCGAUCCCAGUUGCUUCGGGCUCAGCGCAGCCGAGGCUUCCAGUAUCGACCCGCAGCAGCGGCUGCUGUUGGAAGCUGCUCACACAGCCUUCACUGCAGCAGGCCGAGACAAGGAUCAGCUCAUGGGUGCAGAGGUGGGUGUCUUCGUGGGUCAGUGUCAGUACGAUUGGUUUGUGAUGGUUAGUGUGGGUGACAAGUUCAACCCCUACACUGGCACUGGCAUCUCAGCCUCCAUCAGUGCCAACCGCACGUCCUACAUUUUCGGUAUCAAGGGCCCGAGCGUCACGUGCGAUACUGCAUGCUCUUCAUCCUUGGUGGCGGCCGACGCAGCUCUGUCAUCCCUGCGACGCGGAACAGCCGAAGCAGCGCUUGCUGCGGGCACAAAUUUGAUCUUGGGCACCGGCCCUUACAUCAGUUUCAGCAAAGCAAAGAUGCUCUCGGAGGAUGGCAGGUGCUUCACCUUCGACGCUUCUGCCAAUGGCUAUGCCCGUGGUGAGGGUGUGGGUGCUGCCUUGCUCAGCCUUGAUGAUGCUGGUGCUGUGGCAGUUCGUGCCAGCCUAGCCGGUGCGGCAGCCAACCAGGAUGGCCGCUCGGCGUCGCUGACGGCGCCGAACGGGCCCUCACAGCAGGCAGUGAUCCGCCGUGCGUUGUUGGAAGCUUCCACGGACUCCAAGGAUGUGGGGCUCAUCGAAUGCCACGGCACUGGAACUGCCUUGGGCGAUCCCAUUGAGGUCGAUGCUCUCAAGGGCGUUUUGGGCGAGAACCGAACAGAUCCAUUGGUCUUGGGUGCAGCAAAGACCAACAUUGCACACCUCGAGGGUUCGGCGGGCAUUGCAGGAUUCUUGAAGAGCGUGCAUAUGUUGGAGAAGCGCCAAGCGCCACCAAACCUGCACUUCCAGAGCUUGAAUCCACACAUCGACAUGGAGGACUUCCCUGCAGUGAUCCCCACGGAGCUCCAGGAGCUGCCCAGUGGCACGUUGGCCUCAGGUCUUUCGUCCUUUGGCUUUGGCGGCACCAACGCACACUUGACCUUCGUAGCAGCGCCCAAGCCUGCGGCGCCCCCUGAGACGGCCAUCGCCUUCAGGCAUGCCUCUUUCCCCUGGCGGGAGACAGCUUACCGUUGCCUGCGCCGCAAAAUCAUGGAGGGCCGCGACACACACUUCGAAUGCACCAUCAAAUCGGAUCUUUUCAAGGUCUGUGCAGAGCAUGUGGCCUUCGGGGAGAUUGUGGUGCCAGGUGUGGUCUACGUGGAACACGCAAUGGAGGCUGUGAAGACAAUUGUUGGAAAAGAAGGAUAUCUCAAGGACUUGGCGAUGACCUGGCCCCUGGUGAUCCCAAAGAACGCUGAUGAGCCCACAGCCACCACCGUCUUCCUGCGCUUCUGCCAGAUGGGCGACAAGUUUGAGAUGAGAAGCUUGCGCGAGGGCAAUGACGAGAUGAUCACCCACUGUGAGGGCCGCAUUGGCCGUGGCCUGGCAGAACCUGCCCAGCUGAAUCUGGAGGAGCUGCGAGAGAUGUGCACCGAGGAGGUGGAUCCGAAGGACGUCUACGCGGCCAUCCACAAGGGAGGCCUUUGGCUGGGUCCACGCUUCCAGGUGUGCAAGCAGAUGCAGCGCAUGCGCACAGGUCCUUCGGGUGAAGGAGGUGACCGACAUGUUUUGUGCCUCUUGGAACACUCGCCAGAGUCACAGCCCAACCAGGGCUUCUACAUGCACCCGGCAACACUGGAUGGUACCAUUCACGUGUUGGGUGCCACCAUGGUGGGCUGGGAGGCUCCAUUGAAGAUCUUCAGCGGCAUGGGCCGAGUGCAGUCACACGUGCACCGGAACUUCUCUCGCGACGAGCAGUACUACGUCCACCUGGACCUGAAGACCUUCUCAGAGCAAGAGCAGGUCUUUGAUUCCACGGUGAGCACCCUGGAGGGGGAAGUGCUCUUCAAAGGAACUGACGUGGCUUUCCGUAAGGUGACACCAGAGCAGAUCAAGAAGGCCAUGGAGAGCCAAAUGGCAGAAGACGAUCAGAAGAUUUACGAGGUGGUUUGGACCGAAGUGAAGGGCAAGGGCGAGGCAGAAGCUGCAGAAGUGGCAGGUCGCUGUUUGGUCUUAGCUGCGGAGAAUUCGAAGGAGAGCGAAAUCUUGGCAGAACUGCCCAACGCAGAGGUCUCAGGAAUCUCCGAGGAGGCAUUGGAAGCCAUUGAGGAUGGAGGUUUGGAGGGCGUUGCCCAGGUCAUCAGUGCAGUUGGCUUGUCACAGGCUGAGCCCUUGGAGGCUUUGGCGCAUGCGCUCCGCCUCAUGAAGGCACUGGUGAAAAUGCCACCCUCCUCCGAGUUGCCUGAGCUGGUGUUCCUCACCAACUCUGCUGUCUCCGUCUUGCCCAACGACCUGACGAGCCUGCCCGUCAUGGCGCCUUUGUGGGGUUUGGCACGCGCCUUGCGCGCUGAGCGGCCAGAUCUGAAGGUCGAAGUCCUGGACUUGGCGCUCUCGGAGGUGGAAUUGCCAGCACUGCUGCCGCUGCUGCGCCAGGACCCUGAGCUGGCAGUGCGUGAGGGCCGACGCCUUGCGCCACGUUUGGCCGAUGCCACGGCGGCGAUGCCUGAAGUGAGCCCCGCAUCGUUCGAGGGCUGCCACCUUUUGAGCGGCGGCACCGGUGCCUUGGGCCUGGUCUUUGGCGCUUGGCUCGCUGAGAAGGGUGCCAGGCACUUGGCGCUCAUGUCCCGUUCCGGGCGCGUUACCGAUGAGAGUUUGCUCGGCCUGUUCGAGAAGGUCCAAAAGCUGGCCGAUGUCCAUGUCUUGAAGGGCGAUAUUGCCAAGAAGGAGGAUGUGAAGACGGUCAUGCAGCAGGCCAACAAGCUGGGCAAGCUGAAGGGACUGUGGCACGCAGCAGGGAUCUUGGACGAUCACCUGAUGGCUGACUUGCAGCAGGAACAUCUGCAAAACGUUUUGCUGCCAAAGAUGGACGGUACACUGCACUUGCACAACCAUGCCAAAGAGAUGAAAUUGGAGCUGAGCCACUUCGUGCUCUUCUCGUCCGUGGCAGCCAUGCUUGGCACUGCUGGACAGGGCAACUACUGCGCCGCGAACGCUUUCCUGGAUGCCUUCGCCGCCUAUCGCCGGCAACAUGACCUGCCAGCUGUCUCCGUGCAGUGGGGACCAUGGGCCGAGGUGGGCAUGGCCGCGCGUGCAGGGACCUCUGAAAGCGUGGUCUUGCGUAUUGCGCUCCAAGAGGGCUUGCAAGCCAUGGACAACAUUUUGGGCGCCCAAGCGACUUCACACCUGGGUGCCUACGUGGGCGUGGCCCGGAUCAAGUGGCGCUCCUUCUUGGCACAGAUGCCAAGGUUGCCCAGCUUCUUGGAGAACUUCCAACAGUAUGCUCCGAAGGAUGCAAAGAAGGGCGGUUUGGUGGCGAAGGGCGCAGCGCCUUCAAGAGAUCUGGUGAGGAUCGGCAUUGAGAACGUAUUGAAGGAAGUAUUGGGCGAUGACAGCUUGGAGGACUUCUCUUCGCCUUUGAUGGACAUGGGAUUGGACUCUUUGGCGGCUGUGGAGUUCCGCAACCGCGUGCAGGCCUCCUUCGAAGGGGUCCGACUGAGCUCUACGGUCAUGUUCGACUACCCUACAGUGGCGGACCUCACAGACUUCAUCCUCUCCCAGUUUGCCCCCGACGAUGAUGCCGACGGCGCUGUGCUGGGCGGCGACUUGUCCGCUGCUCGGGAGCCCUUGAGCAUGCUGGGCCUGGCGGGACGCUAUCCAGGCAUGAGCGCACAGAACGAUGUCUCAGAGUUCUGGAGCUUCCUCCUCAGUGGACAAGACCCGAUCUGUGAGAUCCCCAUCGAACGCUUCGAUGUCGACGAGCUCUUUGAAGAAGAUCGUGGUGUGCCUGGGAAGGUCUACGUCCGCGAGGGUGGUUUCAUCCCUGGCGUGGAGGAGUUCGACGCGGCCUUCUUCGGCAUCGCCGAGCCGGAAGCCCGGUCCAUGGAUACCCACCAGCGCCUGCAGACAGAGACCGCCUAUGAGAGUUUCUACAACAGUGGCUUCACUAAAGAGACCUUGGCCAAUGUGGAGUGCGGUGUCUUUAUGGGUUGCUGCACUCUCACAGGCAUCACUGUGGACUACGAGGACAUUGGGCCGUUUACCAACAUCGGCUCUGGUCUGAGCGGCAUGUCUGGACGCAUCUCCCACGCGUUGGGACUGCGAGGCCCCUGCUUCACCAUCGACACUGCCUGCUCAUCCACCCUGGUGGCGAUGGACUGUGCGGUACAGGCGUCCAGGCUGGGACGUCAAGAGUUGGCUUGCGUAGCGGGCACCAACCUGCAGCUCCGCACCGACAUGUGGGUCGGUUUCUGCAAGAUGACCGGUCUUGCGGGCGAUGGCCGCUGUAAGACCUUCGACCAAUCGGCCGAUGGCUUUGGGCGCUCGGAGGGCUCCGGCUCGGUGAUUCUCCGAUUGAAAGCUGCGGCCAAUGCGAAGGGCGAGAGUGGGCUGACGCUGACACGAGGCAGCUGCGUGAACCAGGACGGUCGCUCUGCCACCAUCACUGCACCCAGCGGCCCGGCGCAGCAGCGCGCCUUGCAAAACUCCCUGAGGGAUUCAGAGCUGUCAGCGCUGGAGGUAUCUUUGGUGGAGUGCCAUGGCACUGGCACCGCACUAGGAGAUCCCAUUGAGGUGGGUGCUCAGGAGAAGAUCUAUGGCAAGGACCGCGCAGACCAGGACCAGCUGAUUUUGGCGGCGGCCAAAUCGGUCAUCGCACACCUGGAAGGUGCCGCCGGCGUCGCGGGCAUCACCAAGCUUGUCAAAAUGCUGGAGCACAAGAUGGUUCCGCCCAAUUUGCACCUCAAGAAGUUGAACCCCAACAUCGACUUGUCAAACUUCGCUUGCUGCAUUCCGGACAAAGUCAUGGACUGGGCAGUGACCGGAAGUCGCUGUGCUGGUGUGAGCUCCUUCGGAUUCAGCGGCACCAACUCGCAUGUCAACCUGCAGGAGGCGCCGACGGAAGAGCUCCAAGCGACCCUGCAACAGUUGGGUGAGCGGCCGGUGAUGAGCUGGAGCCGCAGCGAUUUGUCCUACAAGGACUGGGCUAAGCAGUUGUGGUGGGGCAUCUCAUGGCAGCCGCUGCCCGCAAGCACGGCAACCGUCAACGAGGAGUGGCUGGUGCUUGGUGGCGGCUCACUGGUGAAAGAUGCAGCAGAGAAGGUGCUGCCCAAGGCUACAGUGUUGGGCAUGGAAUGCUUGGCAAGUACCGAGAAAGUGGACGAGCUUUUGGCAAAGCCAUACGCUGGCCUCAUUUUCGCAGAGGCGCUGAAAGCCGAGGACCCCACGCUGCAAGGGCCUACCUUGGCGUCCUUGCUUCGCUUGGUCCAAGGCCUGGCCCUGAAGUCUUCCACCAAGCUGCUCCUCCUGACCUCGGGCGCUCAGUCUGCCGUUGGUGGCGCCGUGGGCCGUGGUUUGCUGGGCGCCGGCGUAUGGGGCUUCGCGCGGUCAGUGCGCUUGGAAGUUCCUCAUGUUCAACUGAAGAUUGUGGACCUCCCUGCUGACCAAUCCCUUGCAGAGCUUUUGCCAACAGAACUUUGCCCUGCCUGGGCCAGCGACGAGGAUGUGGCCGCGCAGCAGGCAGAAAUCGCCUAUAUCAACGGUGAGCGCUGUGCGCCGCGGCUCCGCACCACCCCCGUGCCAGCGGGCAGCAAGCGGUUGGAGCCUGAUGGCAGUUGCUUGAUCAGUGGCGGCUUCGGAGGUCUUGGACUUUCUAUUGCCCAGGAGUUCCUGCAAAUGGGCGCCAAGACCUUGAUCUUGGUCUCCCGCAGUGGCCGCGUUGCGGCCGGCGAUGCCCAGCUGCAGGAGAUGUUCGAUGCCCUCAGCGCGUCUGGCGACGUCACAGUGCACGCGUGGUCCUGUGAUGUGGCGGAUGGUGUGAAGACCAAAGAGAUGUUGAAGAAAGCGAAAGCAUUGGAUGUUCCUUUGCGCAACGUGGUUCACGCCGCUGGCAUCAUUGACUUUUGCGAAGUCGGCAAGCUCACUGUGGAAGGCAUGAACUCCGUCUUCAAGCCGAAGGUCUCAGGCGCUUGGAACCUUCACAGUGGCAUCGAUGCUCAGGAUGCCAAGGAGAUGCACUCCUUUGUACUUUUCUCGUCAGUCUCAGCCUUGAUUGGAUUGUCGUCUGGCAUCACCUACUCGGCCUCCAACGCCUACCUGGAUGGACUGAGCUUGUGGCGUCGAUUUGAGCAACUGCCCUGCAGCAGCCUGCAGUGGGGCCCCGUGGCCGAGCUGGGCAUGGCAGCCAAGGGCGAGGCUCACGGCGCCUCUGAUUCGGCUCUGAAACUCAUCAGCCCGAAGCACGUGCGGAAUGCCUUCCAGCGAGUGCUUGCCAAGCCUUCACUGCCCAGCAGCCUGCUUUUCGCACGCGCAGACUGGUCACGCUUUAUGCAGCAGGUGGGCACGGUUGUGCCCGUGCUGGUGGAGUCACAGGCACGAGGAAGCGCAGGUGCUCCUGGAGGAGGUGCGCUCGAAGCCUUGCAAGGCUUGUCUCCUGAUGCACUGCAAGGCAAGCUGCUCUCCAUCGUUUUGGACGUGGCUCAGGGGGUUUUGGGCGAACAACUGGAGGAGGACGCACCGCUCAUGGAGAGUGGCCUUGAUUCCUUGUCGGCUGUGGACUUCCGGAACCAGGUGGCGAAGCAAUUGCCUGGAUUGAAGCUGCCGAACACCUUGAUGUUCGACUAUCCCAGCCCACAGGCCAUCGCCAAGUACGCCACAGCCCAAUUGGCUCCAGCCGCCGCUGCUCCCACGGCUGCACCGGCACGCGCGCCGCUUGUCGGGGCUGCGGAGCGAGGGCCAUUGGCGGUGCUCUCCAGCGCCUGCCGUUUCCCUGCUGGUGGCGAUGAUCCAGACGUUUUCUGGACUGCUUUGGUGCAGAAGACAGAUGGUGUCAGUGAGAUCCCCUAUGACCGAUGGGACGUGGAUGAGUACUUCGACCCCUCUCCCAACGCGGUGGGCCGCAUGUACGUGCGCCAUGCUGCUUUCAUUCAAAACGCGGACUGCUUUGAUGCCAUGCUGUUUGGUAUCUCUGGAGCGGAGGCAGCCAGUAUGGAUCCACAGCAGCGUCUCCUACUGGAGAUCGUUCAGGAGGCCUUCUCUGCUUCCAAGGGCUUGUUGGCGGUGGGUGGGGACAGCUCGCCUCUCACCAACAAAGACAUUGGCAGCUUCGUGGGUGAAUGCAACAACGAUUGGGGUCACUUCAAGAAUUUGGAGACUGAGAAGAUGAAUCCCUUCAGCGGCACGGGCGGUUCGAUGUCCAUCUCCUCUAACCGCUUGGCCUAUGUCUUUGGCUUCCGUGGCCCCAGUGUCACCUCCGAUACGGCUUGUUCCUCCUCCCUGGUGGCGCUUGACACUGCCUGUGCCAACAUUGGUCGUAACCGCUGCAGCGCCUCUGUGUCAGCAGGUGUCAACAUGAAUCUGUUGCCUGGGCCCUUCGUGGCUUGCUGCCAGGCGAAGAUGCUCUCGGAGGGCGGUCGUUGUAAGACCUUCGAUGCCUCGGCAGACGGCUACUCUCGAGGCGAAGGCGCUGGCACCAUCCUCAUCCGCCGUUUGUCGGAGCUGGCUGAGCAUGGCCUGUGUGCUAUCAGCGGCACUGCUGCAAACCAGGACGGAAGGAGCUCGUCUUUGACAGCACCCAAUGGCCCGGCACAGCAGGAGGUCAUUUGGACAGCCUGGCAAGAGGCUGGCGAAACACCAGGCACAGCCGACUUCAUUGAGACUCACGGCACGGGCACUGGCUUGGGCGAUCCCAUCGAGGUGGGCGCCUUGUGCAGCACCUUUGGUGUUCAGCGGAGUUCCUCGCUCUACGUGGGCGCUGUGAAGACCAAUGUCAGUCACCUCGAGGGUGCUGCGGGCAUCGCAGGGCUGCUGAAGGCGAUCACUGCAAUGCAGCAUCAUCAAGUGCCUCCAAACUUGCAUUUGGCCAAGUUGAAUCCACACAUUGACGUGGAAGAGGUGGACAUGGUCUUCCCAACAGAGUCCAUGGUUCAGCUCUCGCAGGAGACCUUGAAGUCCUUCGGCCUCUCCUCUUUCGGCUUCGGCGGCACCAACACCCACGUCAGUGGCCGCGCUGCAGACACCGAGGCAGUCGCGACAGCUCCAGCGCAGGAGAAGAUCGUUUUCAACCGACAACGCUUUGGUUGGUCGCAGACAAAGCAUCCCUUGUCGGUGCAACCGCGGCGAGGCGAUGGUGGUGUCAUGGUCUUUGCUGCUCCCAUCAAGGGAAAGGUGCUCCAGCUGCUCUCGCAUCACAUCAUCUAUGGCGAGAUUGUGGUGCCAGGUGCGACUUACAUCGAGAUGGUGAUUGCCACCUCCGCCUUCCGGUUGGACAUGGCUGGGAAGAAGUUUGCCCUGGAGAAUAUCGGCUUCCAAAAUCCGCUAGUUUUGCGGCCUUCCAAUGAUGACAAGGUCAAUCCGGAGCUCAAUCCUGGAGUGGACCUCUACUUGCAGAUUCAGGAGAACACAGGACGUUGGUCUAUGAGCUCUGUGGAGCAUGGCACCAGCGACGUGAUCAAUACCCACGCAGAGGGCAGCGUGAGCUUCUUGGGUCCCAAGGCAACAUCUUCAGCGGCCGAGCUGAGACAAUUGCCGCUGGAAGAAAUCCGAGGGCGGUGUCCUGAAGAAGUGGAGGAUGCACGCAUGUAUGUGCCUUUCGCCAACAUCGGUCUCCCACUCCAACCUCGUUUCCGUACUGUGCGCACCAUCAAGCGCUCUGAGGACGAGAUUAUUGCCUGGGUGGCGGCGCAAGAGGACGGCACCAACGCCGGUUUCAUUUUUGGUCCAGCGGUCAUUGACGGAUCCUUCCAAGCAAGCUGUGCCUUCCAAAACUUGGAGGCCUUGCCGAGCUUGAGGAUUCCCUUGUCCAUCGACAAAGUGCAGCUCAUGGGCCAAGGCUUCUCCCCCAAGGUUUGGGUCCACCAUGUGCUGCUGGACAAUGGCGAGAAGCAGAUGGAGACGAAUGUGCAGCUGGCCAGAGACGACUUGACUGUGGUCAUGACUAUGGACCGCAUGCGCUUGCGUGAAGUGAGGCCUGAGCAUAUUGCAAAAAUGUUGGCCGCCAGUGCAGGGGAUGCGGACGAGGACUUACUGGAAGUGGCUUGGGUGCCAAUGGAGAAUGCUCCCACAAAAGACCUGAUGCUGCCCAAGGCUUUGCUCUUUGUCGGCGCUGACAUGGAGCUGGAGAAGGCCUUGGCCACGGAAUUCCCCGAUGCCAGCUUUGUGGAAGGCACCAAGGAGGCCCUGGCAGUGCAGAUGAAGGAACCACAUGGGGCCAUCAUCCACGCGGCUGCGCUUUGUGAAACUCCCGAGAUGGAGGCCUUGCAGUCGGCCUUGUUCGUGGCGCAAGUGGCCAUGGAGAUGGCUUCUGCACGACAAAGCGUGCCACCCAUUUGGUGGGUCACCAAGGGCACACAGGACCAGGUCACUCAAAGCUACGUGCACGGCGGGCUUUGGGGGUUGGCGCGCACCUUCCGGAUGGAGGAGCGCAACGUGCAACUGAGGUGUUUGGACUUGGACGACUCAGCGAGUUCUCCAGCGACUUUGGCCACACAGCUGAAGCAUUGGCUCACGCAGCUGCAGAAGAGCGAGGCUGAGACAGAAGUGGCCAUUGCCCAGGAGGCCUCGACGGUCUCAAGACUCACACGAGCGGAGAAGGCGCUGCCGCUGAAGGCUGGGGAGCUGCUGAUGUCCUCCCGUGGAAGCCUUUCCAACUUGAGGCCGGUCCUGCAAGAGUCCCGGCAAGCUCCAAAGGCCAGCGAAGCGGAGAUCCGUGUGCGUGCGGUGGGGCUGAACUUCCGAGAUGUGCUGAACGUCAUGGGUCUCUAUCCGGGAGACCCUGGGCCUCCAGGAGCUGACAGUGCAGGCACUGUGCUGUCCACUGGCACAGAGAUCACCCACAUCCGACCGGGAGAGGACGUCUUUGGUGAGUCUCCGGGCUGCCUGCGGCGCUACAACUGCGGCCCAGCGGCGCUUUUGUCGCCUAAGCCGGACUCCUGGUCCUUCGAGGAGGCCUGUUGUAUGCCAGUGAUCUUUGUUACGGUGGAAGAGGCCCUGGGUGACCUAGCGCAACUGAAACGUGGCGAGAAGGUCCUCGUGCACGCGGCCGCUGGUGGCGUGGGCCUGGUGGCCAUCCAAUACGCCUUCCACGUCGGUGCGGAGGUCUAUGCCACUGCAGGCGCCGAGGAGAAGCACGAGUUUUUGCGUUCCAUGGGUGUGAAGUACAUCACCAGCAGCCGCAAUGGCGCCAAGUUUGAGGAGGACAUGAAGAACUUCCUGAAAGAUUCUGAUGGUUUGGAUGUUGUGCUCAACAGCUUGAGCCACGACGAUUACAUUGGCCGGUCCUUGGCAAUGCUGAAGCCUGGGGGUCGCUUCAUGGAGAUUGGCAAGAGAGGAAUUUGGAGCCACGAGCAGAUGUUUGAAGCCCGGCCUGAUGUGAUGUAUGAGAAGAUUGCAGCAGACACCAUGAUGGAUUCUUGGAAGGAUUACGAGCAGACACUGUGGCAGCGACGAGAUCUCCACAAACUCUCUUAUCUUGACUUGGAGCCUUGGCGCUACAACGCCUACAUGAAACGUUUGGUCACACGUGUGGAGGAAGGUGGCUUGUCACCGAUCAACAUGCACAUCUUUGAGGGCAUCGACAAUGGUGUUAAUGCAAUGCAGUUCCUUCAGCGUGCCAAGAACAUUGGAAAGGUGGUCAUCAGUCAACCAAGCACCAUGGAUCUCAAGGCAGAUGCACACUAUGUGCUCUCCGGUGGCAUGGGAGCACUUGGCAUGGUUACAGCGCAAUACCUUCUCGAGGAGGGUGCAAAAUCCAUGUCGCUCCUCUCUCGCAGCGGAAAGCCUUCUGCGGACAUCGUUGACCUUUGGGAGAAGCUGCAGGCCUCGAGCUUGGAGAUCUCUGCGAGAAGCUGUGACAUCGCCUCCAUGGAUGCAGUGAACCAGUUGGCCUUGCAGUUGAAGGGCCUACCACGUGUCGGAGGGCUGGUCCACCUGGCGGCCGUCCUAGAUGAUGCCACAAUGCCAAAGCUCACCCGUGGCCACCUGGAGCGCUCCUAUGGCGCCAAGGUUUGGGGUGCACGGCACUUGCGGUGCGGCCUCUCGGAUAGCGAGAAGCCUUGGGACUUUGCAUUGCUCUUCUCAUCGACCUCGGCCUUACUAGGAUCUCCAGGGCAGGGCAACUACUCUGCGGCGAAUGCCGCUCUGGAUGGUCACGCGCGCUAUUGGAAGCAAGUGAUGCAGGAGAACGUCAUCUCCGUCCAAUGGGGACCCUGGCGAGAGGUUGGCAUGGCGGCCCAGAAGGGUACAGUGGAACGGUUGCGUGCCAGUGGUGUAGGCGCUUUGAGCAACGCCUUCGGCAUGGCGGCGCUCGCAGGCUGCCUCAAGCCUUCUCCAAGCACUACCUUGGUGGCACAGCCAAUGCGCUGGGCCGUGUACCUCAAGCAAUACCCGAAGAUUCCACCCUUCCUCUCGCGCUUCGCCAGCGAGGUGAAGACAGUCAAGCCUAAGGCCAAAGCCGCACCAGCUAUGGGCGCCAUGGGCGCUGCUAUGGGUGCGGCACCGGUGCCGCAGGUGGACAAGGCAUCGCUGAAGCAGAUGCUGCAGCAGAUCGCCUCCGAGGUGGCAGGUGGCGGUGCCAUCGACUCCGAGACUCCCUUGAUGGACUCAGGUGCUGUCGAGGACGAGAAACCGUUGAUGGAGUCAGGCAUGGACUCGCUUUCGGCGGUGGAGUUCCGGAAUCGCUUGGCCACGGAGUUGCCCUCUUUGGACCUUCCCAACACGUCACUUGGAGAGGCGUGUAUAAUUAUAGUUUUUGUAAUUCAGAGAAAGCGAUGA